AUGACUACAGAGGAGUCUCAGCUUGCGCUUCGAGUGUACAAAUGGGCAAAGCGCAAAAAGAUGCACCCGACUACGAUGAUGACGCUACUCGAGUACGGUCUUGGCAUCCCGGUGGAACGGCCCCUCAUUCCAGAUGUAAGAUUCGACUUCAACAUACGUGAUGUUGACGCGCACAUGUCGUUCCGUGGGGUUCUGCAACUGUCAUCCUUGCUGGGCGUUCCUAAUGUCGUUAUCACUACCAACCGAGAUCGUAUGGUGGGUGUGGAGGCCAUAGCCAUUUUGCUCCGACGUCUCCGGUACCCCAUCACGUACUACGACAUGUUGUCAAUGUUUGGCCGGUGUCGCGAACAACUCUGCCGCAUUUUCAACUACAUGGUGGCCUUUGUGUAUCAGCAGUGGGGAGACGUCAUUUACUGCAACAAACAAACUGUACGCUCCCGUAUUGCCAGCUAUGCUACUGCCGUUUCGAACAAGGGCUCACCAUUUGCCAGUGCGAAUGGUGCAGAGGGUUUGAACCUCCAAAAGCGAAUUUAUUCGGGCCACAAACGCAUGUACUGCCUCAAUGUUCAAGGUUUGACCACCCCGGACGGCCUGUGCAUCCACUUUUUGGGUCAUUGGAGGGUAGCCGACAUGACGUAA